UCGCAAGAAAACAAAGAAAGGCACGCUGACCUAUCUCGCAUAUCGUCGCAAACUUGCGAUUGUUUGCUGCGCCGGGUGGUAGAAUUGUGAUUCGGAGACGUGGGUUUGAAUGUCUGAAGACGAGUCAUGCACUUGCGGCUGGAAAGAAAACGCGUCCGAUUUGAUUACAGCUUCAAUGAUCUGAACGAACUGGUUUUUGCGCUGGUUCAUGGAGUGGGAUUGGUCGUGGUUCCAUCUGCUGCAUGCAUCAGGGUUUUGGUUGUGGCUCUGGGAUCUGUUGCUGCCAAGUCUCGGGAUUGUAACCACUUGACCGCAUAAUUUCUUUCCGGUGAGGAGUUAGUGGGUCGCCAUUCAUUGCAUAUGCGCUGCAAAAGUUGUGCUCUCGUUGACAGCAAAUUCUUACUGUGCAGAAUGUUCACAAUGAGUCUCAAGAUAUGCCUUUCGAAGCUGGUCUACUCAUUUUUAGAGGAAAUCAGUGAAGUCGCAACGAUCGCACGGACUAUGGUUUGAUUGCUCACGUAUUCAGAAGCAGUCAUGUUUUACCAAGAUUGGCUAGCGGGAAGUGUGAGUGAUAUCCGAUUGUGGCUGAGAAACGGCAUGCUGACUACAGUUUUGGCUACUCUUUUCGUGAUUUUGACGUCUCUGCCGGAGUGUAUGAUGCUGCCUGCAUCACAUGUCGGGAACUGGACUGCGAGUCCAAGGGUUACCGUGACGGAUAAGGAGGGCGAUGCCUCAUCCACAGAACAACCUCACCGCACCGGUUUUCAUUUUCAGCCUGAGAAAAACUGGAUGAAUGAUCCUAACGGGUUAAUGUACUACAAGGGGUACUACCACCUCUUCUAUCAAUACAACCCAGAGGCGCCGAUCUGGGGCAACAUUGUGUGGGGGCACGCUGUGUCAACAGACCUCUUGCGCUGGCACUACUUGGAGCCAGCCAUGAAAGGAGACCACUGGUACGAUGAACGGGGGGUGUGGUCUGGGUCAGCAACUCUCUUGGAAGAUGGCUCUCCCGUGUUAUUGUAUACCGGGGAGUCUGUUAACAGGACACAAGUGCAAAACAUGGCCAUUCCUGCCAACAAGUCGGAUCCGUUACUGCUCCACUGGAUCAAGGUUCCACACAAUCCAGUUGUGGUCGCUCCACCCGGAUACAAUGCUAGUGAAUUCCGAGACCCAAGCACAGCAUGGCAAGGCUCGGAUGGAAUGUGGCGCCUGCUUGUAGGAGCCAACACAGGCAAACGAGGCGUAAUUGGAACUGCACUUCUAUUCAAAAGCCAAGACUUUUAUCAGUGGCAAUUUGUAAACCGUCCACUUCAUUCAGUGGCUGGCACAGGGAUGUGGGAGUGUCCCGAUUUUUAUCCUGUGCUCAUUGAGGGAAUAGAGGGCUUGGAGGUCUCCUCCACUCAGGGGCAACCCGUAAAACAUGUCCUUAAAAUUAGUUCGGAUGACCUCAAGCACGACUACUACUCUGUAGGUGCAUACAAUGCUGAGAAUGACACCUACGAACCGGCCAUUCAUCAGUUGGACACUGGGAUUGGCCUACGGUAUGAUUAUGGGAAGUUUUAUGCUUCCAAGUCCUUUUUUGAUCCCAGUACGAAUCGAAGGAUCUUGUUAGGGUGGUCCAACGAGUCUGAUAGCAUUCAGGAAGACAUCACCAAGGGAUGGUCUUCCAUUCAGUCGAUUCCAAGGAAAGUAUGGCUGGACAGCAUCAGUAGUACAAAUCUUCUUCAGUGGCCGGUCCGUGAGGUGGAGAGCCUUCGGCAGAACCAGCUCGUCAAGGAAAGUGUUAACCUUCCUCCUGGAUCCGUCUAUCACCUUUCAGAAGUCAUGGGAUCGCAGCUUGAUAUCGAGGUGCAAUUCCUCAAACCAAACCUGACUCAAGAACCCAUACCUCCAGAGCUACUUGCCCAGAAUGCGGCUUGCAGCACUUCAGGAGCUGCUAAGAGAGGGAUUUUUGGACCUUUUGGCAUUCUGGUGCUGACAACUCCCAACCUCGAGGAGCAAACAGCAGUGUUCUUCUCCUUCGUCCACUCUAGAAGGAAUGGCUGGAAGACCAUCGUUUGCAGCGACCAAAGUAGGUCGUCAAUGGACAAUGACGUGGACAUAACAAGCUACGGGAGCUUUUUGCGUGUUUAUGACAACGAAUUCACCCUCGCCCUCCGAAUUUUGGUAGAUCACUCUGUAGUGGAGACUUUUGCACAAGGUGGAAGAACCGUCAUCACCUCUAGAGUUUAUCCACAACGUGCAGUGAACGAUUUUGCCACCAUCCACCUCUUCAACAACAGCACAAGGCUACACGUGAUGACCCAGAGCAUUUCGGUUUGGAACAUGGAGUCUGUGCAACUGAGCAAUUUUAACACAGCAACACAAAGACACUAACGACCAUUUCAGCUGCUCGUACUUAAGGCUCCAGUAAUCAUAAACUGACGGCUAACUACAACUACAUUUAAUUCUUCAUCUUAUGGGUUCCGCAUGUAAAAUACAUGAAAAAAACCUUCGAAGUUGUAAUGUUGUCCAUUCCUUCGCUGAAUCAGCAAUGUUUCUUAUCCCACUGAUUAUUGAUGAUUAUUUACAACA